GAGACGUGUAUAUAAAUCUGCUAAUGUUUUAUCUCUUCUGGUUUUCUCUCCUUCUCCCCCACCCCUCCUUUUCUUGGGCUGGCAGGCUUGAUUUAUACCCUCCCCUCCCCGAUUAUAUAUUUGACUGCUUGUUUGUUUUGCCUAGGUGAAAAGAAAGUUCGUGAGCGUGGCCAUAUGGUUCAGAAAUUUCUUGUGCUGGGUGCGAGCUCCAAGGAGUAUUUCCAUAAUCGAAAACACUAAAUCCUUGCACAAUGUUUUUGGCAUUUUGCUCCAUGGCUUUUCGCCAUGGUCGUUAGAUUACAUGAGAAAAGAAACGUGAGAUGUUUCAUUUGGUUAUAGCAGUGACACAGUAAUAAGAAAGGCCAAAGCUUCAAAAUACUUCACGUUACCUAUUAAUCAUGGGCGGAGCUGUAAGUGCUGGCGAGARCAAUGAUGAAUUGAUUGAUAACCUAAAAGGAGCAGGAUACAUCAGGACAGAGUCAGUUGAGCAAGCAUUUCGUGACAUUGACAGAUCAGAGUAUUUCCCAGAAACAACCAAGCAACAUGCCUACAAGGACGUUGCAUGGAAACACAAAAAUAUUCACCUUUCAGCCCCAUGCAUUUAUUCUGAGGUGAUGGAGUCACUUGAACUAGUAGAGGGUCUAUCUUUUCUAAAUCUUGGAAGUGGCACAGGUUAUUUGUCAACAUUAGUUGGGCUUAUUAUAGGACCCACUGGAACAAAUCAUGGAGUAGAAAUUUUUGAGGAUGUUGUUGAAUAUGCAAACAAAAAGGUACAGAAAUUCAUGGAAACAAAUUCAGCAUUUAAAGGAAUAAACUUUGGCAUUCCUGUCUUCAUUGUUGGGAAUUGUCUUGCCAUGGAUGGAAUGUAUCGUCAAUAUGACCGUGUUUAUUGUGGUGCAGCUUGUCCAGCAGAAUAUGAAGACUACAUGAAAUCAUUGAUAAAGAAGAAUGGUAUUUUAGUCAUGCCGUUUAAGGAUAAUGUGAGUAUUGUCUAAUCAAUAUCAGCAUUAUUUCAAAAAUUAAAGAUAUCAAUUCCUUCCCUGAUGGUUAUGUCUCAUGGUCACAUCAAAAAAAGCAAGAGAUGCAG